GAAGAACAAGCAGAAGAAGACGCAGAAGAAGAAGAAGAAGAUGGUUCUGCUCCGAGCAGCUGCUCUGUGCUGUCUGUGUUCAGCGCUGGUUGCCAUGGCAGCAGAGCUGAUCCAGGAGCAGCUGUCAUUGACCAGAAGAGUUGGUGAAACUGCUUCUUUCAGCUGUGGAGGACUUGACCUGUGUGGCACUAAUGGGGUCUGGUACCAGAAGAAAGAGACAGAAACUUUCAGAGUGAUUCUGCGUAUAAAUAGAAACAAUGGUGGCAUUUAUUCUGGUUACAAUCAUCCUCAGAUUAAAGACUUCACAGCUGCGAUGAAAAACAACAAGAAGAUCUGUGAACUGAAGAUAAACAAAGUUCAAUCCUCUCACUCAGCCUCAUAUUACUGCUCCUGUUAUGAUUCCCACAGUGAGAAAAGUUUCCUGAUCUUUGGCUCUGGAACUAAACUUUAUGUAACAGAUGACCCGGUGGUGGCGCCAGUGUUGACCGUGUACCCAGCAGUGUCCCUGGAGGGGCGGAGCUCCCUGGAGGGGCGGAGCUCCCUGCUGUGCGUGGCCUCGGCCAUGUCUCCUCCUCCGGUCCAGUUCUUCUGGAAGAGACAGAGGAAGGAGGGCGGUCGUCAGGAGGAGCUGCCCCCUGCUGAGGAGGGAGAGCAACUGCAGCUCAGAGAGUCGGGACGCGUCACUAACAUCAGGCUGGUCCGUCAUGACGCUCUGUACGCGUAUAAAUAUCGCUGCUACGUCAGACACGAGGGAGGAACAGUGGAAGCUCAGGUAGAACAAGAAGUUUCUGCUCUUCCUCCACCGUCUUCUCCUCCACCGUCUUCUCCUCCACCGUCUUCUCCUCCACCAUCUUCUCCUCCAACAUCUUCUCCUCCACCAUCUCAGUUCCAGGUCCGGUUGCUGGUUCUGUUCUACUCACUGCUCAUCCUGAAGAGUCUGGUUUUCAGCUCUGGACUCUUUGUGAUCACAGUCCUCACAAACCAGAGAAGGUCCAAACAUGGCUGACUGAUCUUCUUCUCUUCUCACCAUCAUGACGUCACACACACACACACACACACACGC